UAAUCCCCAGUUUCUUUCGGCCAACACUUUCCCCCAACCCCAAUCAAACUCGUCGGCCACGGCGAGGUUGCGUAUUGCGCAGCUAGGGUUCGUCUCAUCGCCGCCGCCGCCCUCCUCUAGAUUCCGCCUCCAUCAAGGCAUCCCCAGGCUAGACCACGCGAUUCACGGACCGAUCGAUCGAUCAAGUCGACGAUGACGCUGGGCUCGGCGGCACACAAGAUCCCGCUGGAGGUCGCGCACACCCUCGUCGAGAUCGCCGAGGUCGCGCGCUACGCCUAUCACCACCGCCCCGGCUACCAUGCGGGCCAAGACGGAGAUCCGACCACGCUGCCCCCGGUGGAUGAUGGCGGCGGGGGCGCCAGCGAGGAGGCCGCGCGGCUUCGGGAGGAGAACGCCAUGCUCCGCGCCCGACUCGCGGACGACCUCUCGCUCCUCCGAGAGCUCCACGGCGCGCCCUGCGUAUCAAAGGAGUGCCCUCCUGAUCUAUCCAAUCGGCUGAUGGCUGCGGUCAACAAUGCUAGCUUCCUUGCUCAUCUUGAGAAGUUACAGGAUGAGUCAGCACGUCAACAUACUGAACUAUCUUCUGGCAAUACGACAGAGGUGGAAAUUGGAGACAUUCCAGACAAAAUGGGUAAUGGGAAGAAAGGAUCAUGGGUCUUGGUUGCCUGUGACACUGCUGGGGCUAAUUUGGAGGAAAUUAGUGGGAUUGAUGAUGAAAAUUAUGUUAUAAUCAAUGAAGAUGACAUAGUUGAUGGUAUUGCCACCUUUGUUGCUAGGUGCAUUCUUGAAGAUCCAAAGUCCAAGUCAUUAUCACCAGCACAGCUCCAAAAGGCUGUUGCAAAGGCAUUAGAUAGCAUGAAAUCUCGGUGGAGAUGGUCAACCUUUUGGGAGGCUGGACAAGUUAUUUAUAUCAUGACUACUUGGGGAAUCACAUUAGCAGGGUUGUACAAGAGCCGUCAUGUCCUGAAGGUGGCAGCGAAGGGUGCUGCCGCAUCUGCCAGAUUUGUUAUGAAGGCUCUCUGAGUGCAAUAGCACCAGCAUAUGUGGAAUGAUCAGCAAGUUGUAAAAUGUAAAUACAAACUCAGUCGCGUCAGUUGUACAUAUGUGGUUGCAACAUGUUCUAUCAUGAACUAAUGAUUGUCCAGGCGUGAUGAUUUGUUUCAUUUAUUUUCUUUUCAUAGACGGUGCUGUAACUGCAGACGAGCUAUGAUAUCAUGAUCACGUGCUGUGAUCAGCAAGUUGUGCAUAGAAAGCUCGUUGCAUCAGCUGUACAUACGUGAUUGCAAUGUGAAGUAUGAUUCUCAGAAG